UCUAGCGUCUUUGCUCCGAAGCAGUGUGAUUCUGGAAGUCUGACACUAGCUUCGAGAUUUCGGGUUCAUUUUACGACCUCUAAUAACAACGAAUACAUCAAAAACUGGUAUUUUCUAAACCCGACGAAACGGAAGUUGAGUUUGGAGUGCUAUCUGAAGUGAAGAUUGAAGACGUGAUAGAAGAUGAACCACUGCUAGGCUAAGAUGGCGACGUCCAGUCAAAGAGAAGGUGGAAGAGAAUCAGCGCCACCAACUCCUAGCAAAUCAUCGACGGAGAAAAAGCCCCAAACUGCAGAUAACGAUGUCCAGCAGCUGACUGGUCACCAAGAAGAAUGUCCCCCUCCUUCACCGGAGCAGAGCUUCACUUUCAAGCAGGAGGAUCCACAGCCCCCGCGGGUUAAAGAGGAAGAGGAGGAACUCUGGAUCACUCAGGAGGGAGAGUGUCUUCUAGGGCUAAAGGAGGCUGAUCUCACCAAGUUGCCACUGACUGUUGUCUCUGUGAAGACUGAAGACCAUGAAGACAAACCACCUGAGUCCUUACGUUGGUUGUUUCCUUCAUACGUCCAGCAGAUGAUUGGUUGUCAAGAAGAGUGUCCCUCUCAGCUGCAGGGGGGGAUCUCCACUUUGAAGCAGAAAGAUCCAAAGACCUCCCACGUUAAAGAGGAAGAGGACGAACUCUGGAUCACCCAAGAGGGAGGGUGUCUUCUUGAGCCAGAGGAGGCUGAACUCACCAAGUUGCCACUGACUGUUGUCUCUGUGAAGACUGAAGACCAUGAAGACAAACCACUUGAGUCCUCACAGCUUCAUUGCAGUCCAAGUGAGGAGAACAGAGGGGCGGAGCCUCCAAGCAGCAGCUCACCACAACACAUGACAACAGAAGCUGAUGGAGACCACUGUGGAGGAUCACAAGCAGACAACCUCUUAGCUCCACUAUCAGAUAGUGAUGACACAACGUCACACUCUCCUGAGGAUGAAGACAGGGACGACACCCAGGGGCCUUUGAGCAGUGAUACAGACUGGGUAGGCGAUAUGAGGACUCAUGCUGACAACAAACGCUCUGAAUGCUCUAAAAAGAAGACAGGGACGAAACAUUUCACCUGCUCAGUUUGUGCUAAAAGCUUUUCUUAUGAUCGUGAGUUAACUGUACACAUGCGACAACACACAGGAGAAAAACCUUUUGAUUGUUCCGUUUGUGGUCAAAGAUUCUCUUAUCAGUCAAAUAUGGUACGACACAUGAGGAUACACACAGGGGAAAAACCAUUUUGUUGCUCAGUUUGUGGUAAAAGAUUCAUUCACAAGUCAGACAUGGCAUCACACAUGAGAAGGCACACUGGAGAAAAACCCUUUAGUUGCUCACUUUGUGGCAAAAGCUUUUCUCACAACUACAGUUUGACGUAUCACAUGCUGAAACACACAGGAGGUCACAUGCUGCAAAACACAGGAGAAAAACCGUUUGCCUGUUCUGUUUGUGGUCACAGAUUCUCACAAAACUGUACUUUGGUAUUACACAUGAGAACACACACAGGGGAAAAACCUUUUAGUUGCUCAGUUUGUGGUAAAAGAUUCUCUCGACAUGAAAAUAUGGAGAUACACAUGAGAACGCAUACAGGAGAAAAACCUUUUAGUUGUUCCGUUUGUGGUCAAAGAUUCUCUCUAAAGUCUGUUUUGGUGUCACACAUGAGAACGCACACAGGAGAAAAACCUUUUGGUUGUUCUUUUUGUGGUCAAAGAUUUUCUCAAAAGUCUGCUAUGGUAUCACACAUGAGAAGGCACACAGGUGAUAAACUUUUUAGUUGCUCAGUUUGUGGUCAAAGAUUCUCUCAUAAGUCAAGUAUGAUACCACACAUGAGAACACACACAGGAGAAAAACCUUUUUGUUGCUCAGUUUGUGGUCAAAGAUUCUCUCAAAAUGCAACAAUGGUCAUACACAUGAGUACACACACAGGGCACAAACUUUUUAGUUGCUCAAUAUGUGGUAAAGGCUAUUCUUAUAAGAAAAGAUUGACAACACACAUGCAGACACACAAGGCAGAAUAAACAUUUUACUGGCCAGUUUGUGCUAAAAGAUGACCAAAUCACAGAAGCGUAAUGUCACAAGUGCAAGCUUCUUAAAAGUGGUGCUCUGCUGUCAGUAUGAUGUCAGGUUUCCUCUUGAGUUCAUGUGCUGUUCAUAGUGUACGUCAGUGAUCAUGAAAUUGUGUUUGUGUUGUACAGUGUUGCACAGGUGUUUUCAUAGCGGGCUUUGUAGGCAGCAUAGGUGUGUCCCAUUACAUUUGUUAAUUACCUGUUUCUUUUUAGCUGUUUUUUAGAACACACAAAAGAGAAAGACGUGUGUUCAUGUCUUCCAUAAGGAUUAUGGAUGAUGGGCAAUAUUCCAAAAAAAGUGCAGUUUUCCUGUUUUGGACGGCCUCGCCACAAUACCCGUUUCGAAUUUAAAUGUGGGACAUUGGAAGGUAUAUGUUUUAUUCCCUGAGUAGAAAAAAUGGAACCUUGACUGUCCUGAUGGCUGUCAAUGUUACUGGCGUGACAAGGCGAUCCCACCUGAGAUGUUUUCCUUGAUCUGGGGUGCUUUUUCCUUCAAUGGAACAACAGAGCCUCAGGUUGUGCAGGGGUGUCAGACGGCAGAUGGCUAUUGGAGAUGUUGCAGGGUUCUAAAUCCAUGUCAAUGUAAUGUGUGUUUAUUUCAUAAGAACUUAAUAUUUAACGUAUUUUGUGUACUGCACUCUCAAGUGUUCAUUUACAUGGUUAAUAAGGUCACAUGUCAUGGCUUUCUAGUGUGUGUCUAUGUAUAUAUACAAUUUAGAUUAAAAGCAUACAAUGAAUAUAGAUUUGCUUUCCCAAUGUAUGUUAAUAUAGUGUAAAAUGGCAUUUUUGGACACAUUUACCAUUUAUAUUGUUUUUCUAUAUACUGUAGCUGUAACAGUGUUUCCAUUCAUAAGGACGUAUCAAUAAAGGAACGGAUCAGUUUAAAAGAGCCUCACCGUAAUUCAACUGGGGAUAUUAGAAUUUAAAUUUUAGAAAAACUUUUUAGAUUAUACUAUAUAAUUCUGUGUUCUUUUUGAAAAUUGCUUUAACUUCUUCUUUCCCAAAAGGUACAUGUAUCAAAUCUGUCAUCCUGCUUGCUUUUCCUCGUUUCUGUCUGCUUCCUUAUUCCCUUUCAUCCCUUCAAGUGCAUGCACCCAGCAGAGCCCCGUUUCUCUUUUUAACAUGCAUGGCAUGCAUUCAAUAUUUCUGAAGAAUUACCGCUAAUAGAGUAUAUCCAGCCAUCUGUUUUCUAUGCCGCUUAUCCCCACUCGGGUCGCAGGCAAUAGAGUAUAUGUUGGUAUAUAUUAUACAUAUAUUAGCUAUUGUGAUAUUAUUAGAUUGAUGGUUUACGUUGUUGCGCAUAUUAAUGGCAAUAAAGACGAUUUUGAUUGCUUUUCCAUCUCUUUCUUCCUCAACGCUCAUCUUGAGCAGUCUUCAAUACCGCUGGAAAAUGGCAGCAGUGUGGCGUCGAAAAUGCUUCGACCGCCAUCGAAGAAGAAAAUGGCGGAAGUCAGAAGGGAGAAAACGGGAGCGAUAUUUGGUGGCGACUACGUUGGCGGCCGUCAACAAAAGUUUCACGUGUAACACAUUUAUAUAGAUUUACAGCAACGAAUGCCUCAAAGAUUCGUCUUUUGCCAAGCCCACGAAACGGAAGUUGAGUGUGGAGCAUUGGCGUGCUGUCGGAAGUGAAGAUGGAAGAAGUGAUAGUCACUACGCAAUACGUACCCGGACCGCAAUCGAUUCAACUGGGUUCUACGCACGUGAUGUGCAGAGCGCGUCUACAUCGGCAGUCACAUGUUAGGCAUGUGUAAUCUAUGCCAUUCGUCGAUCUAUUUUAACGCAACAAACAAUAUACCCCCUCCCCCACUCCCAAAAACGUUAUUAGGAUAGAUAGAAAGUUCAGAAACGACAACAUAAUCGAUCUUUUUUUUAAAUAUUAUAUCCAUGGUGCAAGUGGAGACUUUAUAAGCCCUCUUUUCUUUGUUAUUUAUUAUUUUACGUUUUUUGUCGCCACUUUGGGACUAAGCAGGUCCAUCGCGAGAAUAUUUAAAAAAUGAGUGAGAGUGACCAACAGGCACGCACUUGGAACACUGAACACGCACGUUCGCCUUGCCGCUAUCCAGGCACACAAACCGCAAGCUCCAGCCAGGAGCUCAGUCCCCCAAACCCGACCGGAGGUACCAUGACACACACGUACACCGGCUCGCCUCGCGCUCACAGGUUGAACGUUUCUCUAUUUAUAUAGAAAUCUAUAUAGAUAUGUAUAUACAUACAUAUGUAUAUACUGUACAUAUACUGUAUACAUAUGUAUACACAUAUACAUAUGUAUAUACAUAUCUACAUAUAUCUUAAAAUAACCUCCCAAUAUAUUACAUAUAUGAAGUACGGUUAUUGACCAUUUAUGCUCAUACAUUUAAAAAAUAAUCACAACCACAGCACGUGACGUUACAGAAGCGCUGUCGUAAACGUUUGCUCAAGGAGGAAGUGACGUAGUCCUCGUUCCGGUUACGUAUUGCGUAGUGUACAUGGACCACUGCUAUGCUAAGAUGGCGACGUCCAUUCAAAGAGAAGGCGGAAGAGAAUUAGCGCCACCAGCUCCCAGCACAUCAUCAUGACAGUGAGCUGAUGGACAGUGACAGUGGACAUAAGGGAAAUAAAUAAAAAUAAAAAUAAAUAAACUCAUUUUUGGAAACCAAAAAAUAUAAACACACCACCACUGGCUAGCACAUAUGUUACCAAUAGUGAUUUGAUAGAACAGCUUCUACUACAAAUGUCUAUUUUUACACAAUUACGAAUUAAAAAAAUAUUCUGAAUCCACACAAGUACAAGGAAAAAGGAGAUUUCACAGACACAAUGUACAGUUUGAGUCUAUAUUCUAAAAUGAUUAGAUCAGGCAGAAUAACAGACCGCCCUUAUCGAUAAUAUAUUAUUAUUAUUAAUAUAUUCACCAAUGACUUUGAUAAUAACAUAACCAGUGGCCUGUAAAUCAGUGACAUCAGUGAAUGACAUAAUUGUUCUCUCAUGCUUGUUUUUUAUUCUUUAUUAUUACACUGAUUAUAUCAUAAAUAUUGCAUGGAAUGCAGGAAGUGAAUAAUAUGUACUGUACGUAUUAAAUAAGCUUUGCUUCCUCCUACUCCUCUUGGACAUGUGGAACUGUGAAGUGUUGAUUCAUGAGAUGUAUUCCAUUGUAACCUUCAUGCAUGUUGAAAUCAACUAAACCAAACCAAACCAAUCGCAUAAAAAGCGACUGACAAUUUGCAGUCAUUGUGUGGUUAUGGAAUUCAUUCAACGAUAGCUAACAUUAGUAGGUCAAGUUAGCCACAUCCCGAUCAUUAACUAAUGCAAGUGUCCCCUACUCAAAGAAAUGUUCGAAUGCUUGCGUACUUUAGAGUUUAUCCAAGACUAUUGACUUAAUUUUGAUCAAAUUACACCUAUUUUUUUCCAUUUCCAACAAUUUCAACUCUAUACUUGUACAUUUCUUGUCAUAAUUAUGGCUUUAUUCCUAAUUUGAUGUUAUUCCCAUAACAUUACAACUUUUCCACAACCUAAUUUUCCAGAAAUUACAACUUUCUCAUGAUUAAAAAAAAAAAACAACCAAAAAACAUCUAUAUAUAUAUACAUAUACACAUAUAUAUGUAUACAUAUAUAUAGAUGUAUAUAUAUAUAUACACAUCUUUUCUUUAAUAUUUCAACUGACGCCAAAAUGACGUUCUAUUUUCUCGUUAUUCUCGUAAUUUCUUGUAAGACUUUUCCUCGUUAGACUACAACUUUCAUCUCUUAACAUUUUGACUUUAUUCUUGUAAAAUGAUGCUGAUUUUUGUACAUUUUUGCUGUUUUUCUUAGUUGUUAAAUUAGUUGCUCAUUAAAUUAUUCAUUCAGAAUGUGCUGCAGGCCACACUUUGGACUCACAUGCUUCAAAUGAUAGGAAAAUAAAGAUCCUCUAUUGCCCCUCACAAGACACGGUGUACGGCAUUUGAGGCAAAAGGUGAUCACACCGGAUACCAGCUGGAUUUUGGACCCCGUUUUGGAGUGGCCUUUUACUGUGGCCAAUGUAUUCCUCACUUGCUGUCUUAUUAGCAUCUUGAUUUGCCACACCAAUGCACAUAUUUAGACAGAUUUGUGAAUACUUGAGAGGCCUUUUGUGUACAAAAAGAGUUUAAGAACUUUGAGUUCAGCUCAUGUAAAAUGGGAGCAAAACAAACCUGCUGACUUCAUAUUUUUGUUGACUAUUUAUACAAAGCAUAUAUACCUAUAGUAUAUUAUAUACUAUAGAAUUUAUAUUUUUAAAUUUCAUCAGGACAUAGGUCUAUUACAUAUGUUUUUAUCCCGGGGAAAAAAAAGAAAUGUAUAGAAAUGUUAACACUCAGAGCCCACAAACAGGAUACAAACUCAACUAACACGUGGCGGAAGUUAUAAAUCUAAGUCCAAGAAGGCGCUGUCGGCAGGUCUGGCAGAAUCCAAUAUUUUUUUUUCCCCAGACAAAAGGAUAGAAAAAAUGUUAUUCACUUAUCACUUUUUGUACCAUUUGAAGUGAGCAUGGAGCCACUCUUAUUAGGGUGUGACCUUUUAUUCUGGUUGGUCUAAUUAGACUGAUGGUUGCCUAGCAAUUAGCAUGUUGGCCGCACAGCCAGGAGAUCUGGGUUUGUAUCUCCAUUGAAACAUUUGUGUGGAGUUUGCAUGUUCUCCCCGUGCAAGUGUUUUUUUUUUCCCCAGGUACUCCAGCUUCCUCCCACAUUCCAAAAAUAUGCACGUUAGAUUAAUCGGAGACUCUAAAUUGUCCAUCUGUAUGAAUGUGAGUGUGAAUGGUUGUUUGUCUAUAUGUGCCCUGCCAUUGGCUGGCGACCAGUCCAGGUUGAUUGCCCAGAUAAUUCAAAUGAUUAUUCAACUGGACUUAGAUAUUUUUAAAAGUAUAUUUUAAGAAGUACAAAGCAGAAGUUAACAGUACAAAUAUUUACAAAGAAAUACAAUAAAAAUACUCUUUGUCCCAAAAAAGGACACAACAUAGUCAAUGUCAUCCAUAAUCUGAUGUUUGCUUCACAGUGCAGUUCCUAUCUCGGUAUUAAAGCAGAUGGAAGCGUUGCAAAGUUGGAGGAGACUUUGUAACUUGCACGCAGUGUGCAUGUACAACACUAUUAUAAGCACAUUGUCACAACACAAACACAAUUUCAUGAUCAUUGAUGGGCACUUGUGUUGUCCAAGAAAAGGAAGAUGAGAGCAAAAUCCAUGUUGUUCUCAACCAAUCAAAGUUGUGUAGCUUUUGUUAUUGGCAGCAUACUAGCUUAUGAGGAAAGUGGUAUCAUACACAUCAGCUCAGCACUUUGGAGGGGACUUCUUAUGAGUAACAUAACACUUAAUGAUCUGACAAUCUUUUAGAACCACCUGAACCAGAAAUCCUUUAUUCGCUGUUGUGUGUCCGCAUGUGUAUGGUCAAACUGAUCUUAUGUGAGUAACUUUUACCACAAACUGAGCAGCUAAAAGGUUUUUCUCCCGUGUGUGUUCUCAAGUGCGCUACCAUAUUUGACUUUCGAGAGAAUCUUUGACCACAAAUGGAACAACUGACAUGGCGUUCUCCUGUGUGUAUUCUCAUGUGUGAUACCAGAGCUGAAUUUAAACAAAAUCUGCGACCACAAACUGAGCAACUAAAAGGUUUUUCUCCUGUGUGCGUUUUCAUAUGUACCACCAUAGUUGUAUUCCGGGAGAAUCUUUGACCACAAACUGAGCAAGCAAACGGUUUCUCUCCUGUGUGUAUUCUCAUGUGUAAUACCAGACCGCUCCUUUGAGAGAAUCGUUGACCACAAACAGAACAAGCAAACGGUUUUUCUCCUGUGUGUUUCAGCAUGUGAUAAGUCAAACUGUUUCUGUGAGAAAAGCU